UCUAAUCGAUGUUCGACAAGUUUGAAUAAAGAAAUCGAAAAUUAUCUGAAAAGAAAGAAGAAUCGGAAUUUAAUCGAAUACCUCUAUGAUUCUAAUCGAUUUUUGACAAGUUUCAGUAAAGAAAUCGAAAAUCCCCACUGGAUAGUUCUAAUAGAUAUUUCGCUGGAGAGAAUAUGAAGAUUUAAUUCUUUACCUUUUUAUGAUCCAAAAAAAUACGACAAAUGUUAUCAAAAAAUCGAAAAAUAUAUCGUAUCUAACGCCCUUAAUAGUGUAUACACUUUGUUCUCGCAUCAUUCAAUAGUUCAGUAACACAUAAUAUUUGUAAAAUGAUACUUUGUAUCCAUUUCACUCAUAUAGUAGGUAUAAUAUUUCAACUAUAAGAGGUAAAUGUACGAAAGAAACCUUAGUAAAUACAUCAUUUUAGUUUUAUUACUUGAAACAGAACAAACCUCCAGAACAUAGAAUAUCAAUUACUGUUUUGAAUUAAAACAAUGAAUGGAUAUGAAAAAAACAUGUUUUUCGAGGAUAGAUCCAAUAGAUUUUGUUGUUUACCCUUUCAAAAAUUAAGUUACGGUUUGGGGCACAUAUUCAACGAUCUCUGUGCGGCAAUGUGGUUCAGUUAUACGUUGUUUUACCUACAAGUUGUGCUCGAUAUGGAAUCAACGACAGCGGGAAUGCUCUUAAUGAUAGGACAAAUUGUUGAUUCAUUAGCAACACCAGCUGUGGGAUAUUGUAUUGAUUAUACCAAACAUCGACGACUUUGGCAUUUGGGAGGAACAAUAGCCGUUACUAUAGGAUUUUCUUUAAUAUUUUCUUUGAAACCAGAUAGUUUCACGCUAUCAAUUAUUUUAUAUUACAUCACAGGUAUAUUUCUUUUUCAAAUCGGUUGGGCAACUGUACAAAUAUCGCAUUUGUCUAUUAUACCCGAGAUUUCAAGAAGUUAUAAACAUAGUUCAGAUUUAACAGCAAUAAGGUACAUAGCCUCAGUGUGUUGUAACAUCUGUGUUUAUUCAAUAACACUAAUGAUUCUUAAAAAUGAUGAAACGAAAGACAGUAUAGGUCCAAACGAUUUUUAUAAAUUCAAGGAAAUAGCCGUUUCUAUCAUAUUUAUUGGUUUAUUAUCGUCUAUGUUAUUUUAUUGUGGAUUGCUCGGUAAAUACGAUCAAGAAUAUGAGCCUUUAUUGAGAGAUGAAAUAGUCGAUAUAGAAAUGGUCGAAUUACAUGGGAUGAAUCAAAAACAUUUUCUUAAACAAGCCAUAAUUUACUGCGUAUCUAUAAUGUACAUGUGUUCAAGAUUAUUUACGACUUUAAAUUUGAUAUACAUGCCGUUAUAUAUAGAAGAACGUGGUUCUUUAAAUGAUAUUGGGAAAGAUCGAAUAAGACAAACGGUAGCUAGCAUUCCUUUAACUUCUUAUUUAACUUCAUUCGUUACAUCUCUAUUGCUCAAAUGUCUGGUUGGUAUUGUAAGUGAUAAGAUAACUUAUUGUUUUGGGUCGAUAAUUGGUUUGGUAACGUCAAUAUGGAUAGGAGUAGGACUAUCAACAAAAACUGAUUUAGAACUUUACAGUAUCGCAGCAUUACUAGGUGUUACUGGAUCAACAACUAUGGUUUCUAGCCUGUGUCUAACGGCUAAUUUCGUGAAAACCAAUGGGAUUGGUGGGGGCAUGGUAUACAGUUUUGUAACUUUCACAGAUAAACUUAUAUCUGGAUCGGUUGUUUUCAUAGUUCAACACUUACAGUGUGCUUCUCGAAAUUCAUGUCCAUAUUUCUAUAAACACGCCUUGACGUUUAUUUGUGCAUCGGUUUCUUUAAUAGCAAUAUUAGCUUUAAUCUCAUUACAUAUCAAAAACAGAAGAGGAAUGCAUUUAUUAACAACAUCGUAA